AUGGAUAUUGGUUACAAAAGCAUUGUAGGCUUAAGGGCGAUGAAAGUUUUGAAUACGAAUAUGGAGAACAUCUCCGAUACUAUACGAAAAGAAAUAGAGAAAAAUUUCAACACAAUGAAGUCUAAGCUCAGUGAACCCAAGGAUAAUAUGAAAUGUGAUUUGCCGGAGUCAAUCGCUUCAAGUUGUAAGAAGUUUGUAGAUGAUUUUAAUAAGCCAGAAGACAUACAUGUCCUCAGAAAUGUUGUCUACAACAAAUCUUGA